AUUGAACUGUCACCUGUCACCUGUCAUUUCACAUUUCAGUUACUAGUGUCGUUGUUAACAAACAAACAGUCAAAGCGUCUCAUAAAAUAAAAAAUAAUACUAUCUUUCAGUCAAUAUUUCUAUAAAUAUUAUCAUCAUUAUUUCAAUCAAUAAGAAUUAUUUACUUAAUAAAAUGUUACAUUAUUAUGGCGGAACUUCAUAUAUUUGGACGAAUAGAAUCAGCAGAAAAUUUUAAAAAAUCUAUACUAUUUUGUAAAUGGAGUUUCCAUACCGGAAGUGGCUGGAAAUUAAUAAAUGGAAAUAGUGAAGGACAAACGCAAGAAUGUCGUGAUUUGUAUCGCAAAAAAUUAGCCUGGGAUCAUCCUAUUGAUUUACAUUACACAACACAUACAAUACAAGGUUCACCAAAAUUAUUGUUGCAGAUUUUUUCACGUGACAAUUACGGUAGAAUUUUAUUUACUGCUUAUGGUACAUGUUCAGUACCACUGACACCGGGUUUUCAUCAGAUUACAUGUCAUACUUGGAAACCAAUCGGUAACUGGCAAGACAGGCUGAGAGAUAAGUUCUUAGUCAUUUUGUUAAAUUUAAUAUUUUAUGAAGUCCAUUGUUCAACCACGGAAAACUCUAUCUCUGUAACUACAUGUAUAAAUGACACAGGAUGUCAAAGUAUAUCAGACGAUAUAUUGACUAGUGCAUUGAGCACAAUUGAAGAUAUUAAUUUAGUAACUGAAGAGGUCAUUAAAGAAUGGGAGUUAAAUCAAAAAGAAAUGAAUACUACUAAGAAAGUUAAUAUUUCGAAAAUAUUUCCAUCAUUCUAUCCAACUUCGGCGACUAAUUAUAAUCCCGUUAAUAAAUUAUCAAAUGAUUCUAUAACUGCAAAUAUUAACAGACAAUUAAUACCAGUAGUUAAACGUAAUAUUGAUCCCUGCACGUGUGAUUUUCAGAUGUCAAGGUGUGACACUAAUUGUUGUUGCGACAAUGAUUGCACAGAUUUUCAUUUGAGUGUAUUUUCACACUGUUCUGAUAAUAAAAAAACUAAAUAUGACAGUCGUUAUUGUUAUACCAAAGAUUUUAUACGUAAAAAUAAUACCGACUUUAUUUUAGAACGUAUUGCUGAUAAUCUAUUUUGUAUAUCUCAUGACAAUUUGCCACCAAUUUAUAGUAAAAGUAGUGCCAUUAAAAUUGGAAAUAGACCAGAAUUUGAUAGUAUGUUAACAAAAGAAUUGGAGUCGAAAUUUACAUGGCUACAAGAACUUGAUGUGCCUUUAAAUUUUAAUACAAGCAAUCCAUAUAAAGUUGGUGACACUUUAUGGACAGUUAAGUCCAAAUCUUACAAACCACUAGAUGUACCUAUAAAAGGAUUUACAAGUCACUGUUCAUUUCGGAAAAGUUUAAUCUACCUGACAGAUUUAGAGACUCACUGUUUGCAAACUAAGUUAAAUAUGAAUAACUCGGAUAUUUUUACUGAAACUUAUAAUAACUUUACAGUCAUAUCGUCGCCAAUAUUUUUAAAUACAACUUCGUACAUGUCAUCAGUAAAUCAGAGCUGCCCUAAAAACAUUUGUAUACCAAUUGAAACAACAUAUUGUUUGAAAGCAUGGUCGAUGUGUAAUACAACAUCACAAUUAAAACCAUCAUGCGCAAACGGUACUUGCAACAAUAUCGUUAAACAAAUACGAUAUACAAUAACACAUAACGGUACAAUGGGUAUAAAAAGUAUUAAACUAUAUAUUGUUCUUGGUAAUUUUUCUGAUAAUUAUUACCAACAUUUUGAAGUUAAAUACGAGUGGGCUGGAUUUUAUGAUGACGACAUUAUUUAUACAAGCGGUAAUCCUGGUUACAUUACCAGCAAACCAAUAGUAAUUGGUACUUUGAUGAAAUCAACUUCGAAAAAUAUUGUAACGGAAUUUAUUUUCCUCAACAAAACAAAUUAUCAACUGACUGUGCCUUUGGGAGAUAACAUAAAUAAUUAUUGUUCUGAAGAAAAUAGAUAUACAAUUAAAUUUAAUGAAGAUUUAAAAUCAAAGUGCCUUAUUUCAUUUGAAACAAAUAAUUUAACUGUCGAUACUUGUAAUGAAAUUCAUAAAAAAAUAAUAGCGAUGUAUUUCAAAGAAACAUUGAUCAAUGUUACGUCUAUUGAAAAUUAUAAAUUGUAUGCAUCAAAGAGUGGUAAUGUUACAAAUAAUAAUGUAACUAAUUGGAAUCAAAUAUUAUUAAACAAAUUACCACAGCAAGUUAUCACUGGACAGAAGAUAAAUGACAAAAUAUCAUGUUGGAAUUUAAUAUCGUCUAUACAUAUUGAUAUUCUGUAUUCAUCGUUACCGAAACCUGACGAUGAUACCCCGUAUCAUAAAAUAGUUGGAGUGGCAAUUACACUAGAUGAGCGGAAUAUCACUCUGUCAAAGUGUCUUACUAUUAAUUGCACAAAUAUUAUUGACCAUGAAAUUAAUAGUUUUGUUAAAUUUUACGACGUGUCUAUACCAGAUAGUUAUUAUUUUGCUGGCGGUCCUAAUUUAGAUAUUAGUUUACCUUAUGACUUUUUUUAUCCUUUCAUGAGUGGCUCUAGUUCUUACAAAUUAAACUUAAUUGUAAUUAUUGUUACUGUAAUUAUUUCUACAUUUAUUAUUUAAAUUACACA